CGCGCAUGGGAACUCUUCCAUGUGAUCGCAAAGCAUCUUGGGACAUGCCAGGCUAAAAAUGGCCGACUACAACGCUGGAAGACGAGGAAAGGAUUUAUCUACCCGAAAAGACACCUCUAGCACAGAUCUCCUGUUACACCCCGAGCUUCUGUCCCGGGAUUUCAUUCAGUUGGUGUUAUACGAGAGGAACAUCGGCGGCGGAGACCCGGGGGAGGCCAGCCGAGACCAGCUCACGGACCUGUACCUGCACCACGUCAUCCCGCUGCCGCAGAGGGAGCUUCCCAGCAGCCGCUGGGGCAGGAGGGUGGGGCAGAGCCGGCCCCGCCCCGCCCCGGGCCAUGCCUGCAGUUCCGCCGGCGAGAACACGAGGAAGAGGCCUCUGAUAGUGUUCGACAGCGGCUCCACCAGAACCGGCACCGUCAAGCUGAAGAAGCCGGAUUCGGGCGCCGCGUUGGACCGGCUCAAGCCCCCGCCCUGCGGGAACCUGGCCAACCCCAUCCGCAAGCUGUCGGGCCCCCCCUCCAGCCCGGCCCGCACCCCGGCCAGCCCCCCGGCGGGGGCCAACAGGAGCCCCACGGGGAACGGGAGGAUGGCGUCGCCCACGGCAGCCGUCAGGGUGAAGCGACAGGCGGCUAGCGAGCAGGAGAGCGACAGCUCGGGAGAGCUGAGGUCUCCAGAGGUGAAGAAGAAGAUUCAGCAUGUGACCUGGCCGUAAUCCCACCCGCUGCCCAGGGGGGGGCGCUGAAUCCCCGUCACUCCGGUGCCGAAUCCUGGGGUCCCAUUUGUCAGAGCCGCCCUCCACCCUGGGAGACCCUGCUCAAGCCUUCCUCCAGAACCACCCCCACCUUCGCCCUGAAAACAAUCCCGUGGAACCUUCAAGUGCACUUACACCACCGAGAGCUUUUCCAGAAUCUUCCAGACGACACACAGUCGGCCAUUGUCCGAGACUGCGCUUCUCUGUGUGUAAAUCGAGUUGAAGAAGUUGAAGGUCAUUAUAUUUCUACUUUCCUACCCCACCCCCCACCCCCACCCCAUUUCUUCAAUGUUUCUCUGCCUCCGACCUCCUUAAGAGACAAAGGGAAAGUUGAAACUCUAACUUUAUUACUGAUACAGCAGUGGUGGUCUUCUUUGGACUCUGGAGGGCUUUGGGAGGAAGCUGUGAAUUUCGUGACUGAGCUCAGGCGACUGACUUCCGGCCGAGACUCGUGAAGACGGGAGCGUGAUCGCGCCGGACGCGUUGCCACGACUGAAAUAGCGACUUAGCAACAGCGACCGCAGCUGAUGACUGAGCGGGAUGCUGCCGCAGUGUAUGGCUAAAGGCGUGAUUUUGAAAAAGGGUUUGGUGAGGGGAUCUCUCCCGGAUAAAAGCAAGCACUGUAUGACUCGGGGAGCAAUGAAUGGUCGCUGUUUGUGAAGAUUUAGUCAACCUUUUGGGGGUUAAGGCAUAUUUUUUUUCUUGAUUUGACUCUGUACUCCACAAUUGUAAUCGAACAAUUAAUGUGGUUGAAAUGGAGAUUUGCAGCUUUUUAUUUGUAUACAAUUUUAUUUCACUACGUAAAAAUGACCGCACUUUUUGUACAUUUCAAGGUUUUAGCUUUUGUUACUUUAGCAGUGUGUUUGGGAUCAUUGUCUUGCUGUAGGCCCAGCGUUCACUUUUUUGAAGAAAAUUUCAGUUGAUAUAAGCCUGAAGUCAGCCUCAUAAUUGCUUCCUUGACUUUCAUAACUCUGUUCCUCCUCUGACUAAUACCAAUAACAGGCCCCAAAGGCAAUCAAAAGCCUAGAAUCGACUAGACACUGAAACCUGCAUUAUACCUGCAUUAAGGAUGUGAUUGUACACACCUGACUAAUCAGACACACCUGUGAAGUUUAGUCCCUAACAUUAUGGUGCCCUGAAAUGUCUAAAAAGUGCCGUAAUUUCUACAUGGUGAGACCAAAAUGUGAUAAUACCAAGUGGCAAUCUGUGAUUUUUUUUCAAAUGAACAAAUACCAUAUUUGAGACAUAUCCCCACUGGCAUUUCGCAAUGACCAAUAUAGUUGUUUAAUUUCAUGCCUAUUUAUUAAAAUGUUAAGUUAGUGUCGGUCUUGACAUUCCCGCCCUGUAUAGACAUGUACGCGGGUAAACGUGGAACGCUAUGGAAGAAAGUGUUGCGAGUGCGGAUAUGUGGAUUUUCGGCUGUGCCGCAGGAGAGUUUGCGUGGCUUAAACACGGACGGGUUUGAGCACAAGUUAUCUUUGUUUGUUUGCAGGAGCUUUACAAUCGAUGAAAGUACAAGUAGUAAAGUGACCAAAAAAAAACAAACGAAUGUGCCAAACCAUGAUGCUGUGCUUUGGAGUGUGUCUUAAUGUUGCGGGGAACUAUGGGAAUUGAAGUUUAGAAUAAACCUGACCGACAGUCGGCUGCUAACUCGUUGGAAUCAUCAUUGUGAAUUGCUUCAUUACAGAUCUAAAAUUGUGUAGUACAGAGCAAAAAAAAAAUAUUUCUUUGUCCCAAAUAUUAUGGAGCUCACUACAUAAAGAAGGAAAGACCAGGCAUAGUGGGCGUAGGCCGUAGGUAUUUUACAAUCCAAAUAUUGAUUGUCGGUGAUGUGAUUUUUGUUUUGUGAUGGAAGAUUUGAAGUACCAUCACUUAUUUUUACAGUUAAACUGAAAGCCUCACCUGUGUGAAAUGUGUGCAUAUAAAAUAAACAGAAUUUGGAAGUUA